AAAGCACAAAAACCAAUUGUUAUUCAACAUUGUGCAGAAAAAUGGAAGCAGGGAUGAUAUUUGCAUUGGCAAUGUUAAUUUCCAUCGCCAUUGCACCAGUCUAUGGAAAAUACUAUUCCCAGACGGUGACACCAAGUUCAAAGGUGGAGAAGGUAACACGUCUCCACUUCUUCCUCCACGAUAUCCUCAGCGGAGAAAACCCCAGUGCGGUCAUAGUUGCCCGUGCCAACCUCACCAAGAAAGGCGACUCUGUGCUCCCUUUCGGCAGCCUGGUCGCAAUCGAUGAUCCACUCAGAGUUGGCCCCGAUCCGACAUCGGAGAUCAUUGGCAACGCUCAAGGACUCUACUUAUCGGCCAGUCAAGACGCCUCCAAGUUUACCAUAGUUUUAUACGCCGAUUUGGCUUUUACGAGUGGCAAGUUCAAUGGGAGCUCCUUCAGUAUAUUCUCAAGGAAUCCGGUGUUGGAAGCUGACCGUGAAGUGGCGGUCGUCGGAGGGAGAGGUAAGUUCAGGAUGGCUAGAGGGUAUGCCAAAAUUAAGAGCAGCCAUUUCAACGCUACUACUGGCGAUGCUAUUCUCGACUACAAAGUUACUUUGUAUCAUUAUUAAAACAAUAAGAAAGAUGAAAUUCAGGCAUCCAAAUCCA